AACUGGUUGUGCGUUUGCGAACCCCUGGAAAUGGAAUAGGUAACCUUUAAAAUAAUAAACAAAACGGUUUUUUUGCGGCAUUUCCUUUGUUCAGCACCCAAACGCCAGGUGUUUUCACGGCCAACGGGCUUCGCAGUCUUCCCCUACGACCGUCCCGUCGACCCUCAGUGUGCACAGGAAUCCGCCGGAAGUGAGUCGUGCGACGGCCAUACACUCGCAUAUUGUCCAGCAACGCCAGGACCCCGGGCCCACAGAACUACCGUCGCUCGUCUCUACCGUAUCGUACUCUGCUGCUGUCUACGAUGGUGUCUCCGCUGUCCCGAAUGCAGACCAAGGGUUUCCCGGGCAUGAUGUCCUUGCUGCAAGAAAAAGAGAACUACGAAGAGCUCAACCAGAUCGGCAACGGAGCCUACGGAACUGUGUACAAGGGCAGAGAUCUUGUAAACAAAGGCAAGUUUGUCGCCAUGAAGAAGAUCAAAAUUCCGUUGGCUCAAGACGGGGUGCCCAUGUCGACGCUUCGAGAAAUCGCUUUGCUCAAGCAGCUCGACCAACAAGACCACCCAAACAUCGUCAAGUUAUUGGAUGUCGUCCACGGUCCACGAUUAUGUAAUGAGAAAUACAUGACUCUGUAUCUUGUGUUUGAACAUAUCGAACAGGAUUUAGCUACUUACAUGGCGAGAUGUCCUAAGCCAGGAAUGUCUUCGGAAAUUGUUAAGAGCAUUAUGCGACAAAUACUGUCUGGUGUAGAUUUCCUCCAUUGUAACCGAGUUGUUCAUCGAGAUUUAAAACCACAGAAUGUGCUUAUAUCGAGCGAUCUCAGACUCAAAAUAGCAGAUUUCGGUUUAGCCAAGAUCUACGAUUUUGAUAUGAAGCUUACUUCAGUGGUGGUUACAUUGUGGUAUCGUGCACCCGAAGUGUUACUAGGGUUGCCGUACGCUACAGCGGUAGACGUAUGGGCUUGCGGAUGUAUCAUGGGAGAGAUGUACAAACUGUCUCCCCUAUUCAACGGCGAAUCUGAGGCGGAACAACUGGAUCGAAUAUUCAGGUUGAUCGGAUUGCCUUCCGCUUUGAAUUGGCCUAAAAAUGUAUCUUUAAUGAGGAGUUCCUUCGAAUCAUAUCCACAAACUUGUUUAAAGACUGCCAUCCCUGAAAUAUGUUCUCGGGGAGCUGAUUUACUAAUGGAAAUGUUAAAGUUUGAUAGUUCUAAACGAAUUUCGGCUAGGGACGCUCUGAAACAUCCGUAUUUCAACGAAUAACCUCAAAAUUGACUGUGUUUGAUGACUAUUAUUAAGUGAGUUUUGUUACAUACAAAUGCUUUUCGCAUGAAUCAAGUCCAAGACAACGAAUAAGUUAUAAUAAACAGUAUUUGCAAGUCACUAAAUAAAAAAGAAGCAAAAAAAAAAAACAUUCCUAAUUAAACAUUACCGAUAUAA